AUGAGAGUAUUCGAAUUAGAUGAAGAAACUGAAGGAAAAAUUAUUGUUUUCUUAUUGAAAAAUGUUGAAAAUAUAAAAGAGUUUAGACAAAAAAUUAUUGAAGGAACAUUAGACUGUUGCGCCAUAAAACCAUCACUAUUAGCUGGUAGCUUUCAGGUAGUUAUUGCCGCUAACAAAGCAUUAAUUAAUGAAAAAGAAGGUAAACUUGCUACCAAAAGUUUGAAUACAGAGUUACUUUAUAAUCUAUCAGUGUCUAGAAAUAUCACGCAAUCACUACAUACUUUUGGAAUCGAUGAAAAGGACAGUCACGUUGCCAUUGUUAUCUUUGAAAAAAAAGGUGAAAACAAGUUCGAAAAAUUAAAAGAAUAUUUUCAAGGAGAAAUUUGUGAUCCAGAAGAAAUUUGUGAUUAUUCAGACGUUAAUUUAAUAAAAAAAACUUACAAAAUAACUGAUAAAGAACUUGAAGUAUCAACUUUAAUUGAUUCAGUAGUCAGCAGAAUUGCAACAAAAGAUUUGGGAUCACUUACUUAUUUAAAUAACAAGUGCCAGUUUAAAAUGCUUGGAAGUAAAUCCCUCUCUUUAAUUGGCAGUUUCGCAUUAGGUGGACUGUUUGUGGGUAGCUUGUAUAUUUGGUCAUCUAAGCAUGGACGUGAUCACCCUACCACUAUUAAACAAAGAUUUUGCAGUGUUUUCACUGUCGCUGUUUUGUCCCCUGUAAUACUUAAGUUUUUUAUUUCAGCAGAAAAAUUCAGUAAAUAUUCAACCCUAGAUUUAUUAGGUUUAAGAUUGCCUGGAUUUUUGCCAGCCGCAAUACUGCCAUUGAUAUUAACCAUGGUUUUAUUUUUGGGUCCUCUUAGCAUGCUUAAUUUUGAUGAUAUUCAGCAAUGCCUCGAUAUUAGAUAUUGGUUUAGAAAUUUAAUUUGGCUUAGAAAUAUUAUCAUAGGUCCAUUGGCUGAAGAAUUCACAUUUAGAGCCUGUAUGAUGCCCUUACUUUUACAAUGCUACGAUUCGUUUACAUCUAUUUACAUCUGCUCAUUAUUUUUUGGUUUAGCUCAUUUACAUCAUGUCAUAGAAAGAUUCAAAAUAGGUGAACCGUACAAAAUGCUUUUUAUAAGGGCUGCUGUACAAUUUUUUUACACAACAUUGUUUGGAGGUUAUUCAGCAUUUUUAUUUCUCAAAACUGGACAUUUUAUUGCUCCAUUUGUGGUACAUGCCUUUUGCAAUGCGAUGGCUUUUCCAGAUUUUUCAAAAAUAUUUACUUAUCCCAAUCCGAAAAGAACUGUAAUUAUGUGUCUUUUUCUUUUGGGUGUUAUUUUAUGGUAUUUGUUAUUAGAACCUUUGACUAAUUAUAAAUUAUAUGAGAACAACAUAUAUUUUUCAAAUAAUGUAAUUGUUAAUGACUGA